GACAUCUCAGCUCCAACACUGUGGCGCGCGCAGAGAUCUCCUCUCCUCUCCUGUGUCCUUACCCGUGAGACGAGGAGAGCCCUCCCUCGAUCACGAGUUUUACCUCCUCCUUUGAAAUGCCUCCCCUCUUUGCAGCUCCUUCAAAUCCCCCUAUAUUACGCUGCUGGCUCGGCAGCAUGAAGUGUGGCAGCAACACCAAUCCCCGCCCAUGGCCGUCAUUGCCUCCUUCCUGUUCUUGUUCCUUUGGUGCUCGGUUCCCCUCGAUGCCCACGGCUUCCAUACCUACAUUGUCCAACUCCACCCGCAUUCCAUCCCCGCUAGUGCUUCGGCUACCGGUCUGCAGAAUAAGCUCCAUUGGCACCUGUCCUUCCUGGAUAGAGCAACGUUCUUGGAAGGAGGAGGGGAUGCUUCUUCUCGGCUCCUGUACUCGUACCACUCUGCGCUCGAAGGCUUCGCGGCACGGCUUACUGAAGAUGAGGUGGCCGCGCUGCGAGCAUUGCCCGGCGUCAUCGCGGUUCGUCCCGACAGCCGGCUUGAGCUGCACACGACGUACUCUUACACUUUCUUGGGGUUGAACUUCGCGCCCGGUGGUGCCUGGUCGCGGUCCAGAUUCGGGCAGGGGACCAUCAUCGGAGUGCUCGAUACCGGAGUGUGGCCGGAGAGUCCCAGCUUCCGCGACGACAGGAUGCCGCCGGUGCCAACCCGGUGGAGAGGCGUCUGCCAGGAGGGGGAGCACUUCAAUUCCUCGAACUGCAACCGGAAGUUGAUCGGUGCCCGGUUCUACGCCAAAGGACACAGGAUCAACUACCCGGAGAAGUCGUCGUCGGUGUCGCUACUGGAGUACGUGUCGCCGCGGGACGCGCAUGGGCAUGGCACCCACACGUCGUCCACGGCGGCCGGCGCUGCAGUGCCGGGAGCAAGCGUGCUUGGCCUCGGCGCAGGCGAGGCUCGGGGGAUGGCCCCGGGCGCCCACAUCGCCGCCUACAAGGUCUGCUGGUUCAACGGGUGCUACAGCUCCGACAUCCUCGCGGGGAUGGACGACGCCAUCAGGGACGGCGUCGACGUCCUCUCCCUCUCCCUCGGCGGCUUCCCGAUCCCACUCUUCGAGGACAGCAUCGCCAUCGGAAGUUUCCGGGCGACCGAGAGGGGCGUCGUCGUGGUCUGCGCGGCCGGUAACAACGGGCCGGUGCCGAGCUCCGUCGCCAACGAGGCUCCCUGGAUCACGACGGUCGGCGCGAGCACGCUGGACCGGCGGUUCCCGGCCUUCGUCCGUCUGGGCAACGGCCGCAUCCUCUACGGCGAGUCCAUGUUCCCGGGAAACCACUUUUCGAAAAAUGGCGGGAAGGAGCUUGAGCUCAUCUACGAGGCCGGUGGACAGAAGGGCGCCGAGUUCUGCCUCAAGGGAUCCCUUUCCAAGGCACGAAUCAGCGGGAAGAUGGUGGUCUGCGACCGAGGAGUCAAUGGGAGGGCAGAGAAGGGCGAAGCCGUGAAAGAAGCCGGCGGUGCCGCCAUGGUGCUGGCCAACUCCGAGAUAAACCAGCAGGAGGACUCCGUCGAUGUCCACGUCCUGCCGGCCACCUUGAUAGGCUACGCGCAGUCCACGAUUCUGAAGAGCUACAUGAACUCCACCUUUCGCCCGGUGGCUAAACUCGUCUACGGAGGGACGAGGAUCCGGCGAUCGAGGGCGCCGGCGGUCGCUCUGUUCUCGUCGCGAGGGCCAAGCCUGACGAACCCGUCCGUCCUCAAGCCGGACUUGAUCGCCCCCGGGGUGAACAUCAUCGCGGCCUGGCCGAGCAACGUCGGCCCAUCCGGGCUUCAGGAAGACCGGCGGAAGUCCAACUUCACGGUGCUGUCAGGGACCUCCAUGGCAUGCCCUCACGCCAGCGGCAUCGCCGCCCUGGUCCGGUCGGCCCACCCAUCCUGGAGCCCGGCUGCGAUCCGGUCGGCCAUGAUGACCACCGCCGACGUCGUGGACCACCUCGGGAAGCCCAUAAUGGACGGGAAAGAACCAGCGGGGGUCUUCUCCGUGGGCGCCGGCCACGUCAAUCCGGCGAGAGCCGUCGACCCGGGGCUGGUGUACGACGUCCAGCCGGAGGACUACAUCGCCCACCUCUGUUCUCUCGGCUACAACCAGGCCGAGAUCUUCACCAUCACUCACAGGAACAUCAGCUGCGGCAAGCAGCUGAAGGGACAGAAGCAAUUCAACCUCAACUAUCCUUCCAUAUCGGUGAGCUUCACGCAGGGAAGAACAUCGACGACGAUCCAAAGGAAGCUUACCAACGUCGGUCUUCCUGAUUCCAUCUACACGGUGCAGGUGACUGCACCACCAGGAGUAACAGUGACAGUGACACCAAAGAUCUUAGCAUUUGGAGGAAUCAACGAGAUCAAGAGCUACACAGUCGUGUUCGAAUCGAAGAAGGGAGUGCAGGAGGAGGGCAGUGUUGCAGGGGGGCAACUGAUGUGGGUGCACAGUGGCCGAAAGAAGUACAAGGUGAGAAGCCCAAUCUCUGUAACAUGGGGAGCAUGACGACAGGGUAGCUUCUAACUUUGUAAGCAUUGUUUCAGAUACAAUCUGAAAGGACUGCAGCAAAUAGGAUAACACUUCUUUAUUACUGUAUAAAGAAGAGACAUGUCCUUGUAUCAAGAUCUAUAGAUGACCGAGAGCAGGCAGCAGACAGUAGAUUUUUCAUCCAAAUUACACAGCUUCUUCUAAGAUUUUAACUGAACAACUACGUGUGGGUCUUUGUGAUCAAAGCAGCUGAAAGGUUGGGUGACUCUUUAAGUUUAGGAAUUGAGUGCCAAUCCCAAAUUCUAAAUGCUUCCAGCUAAACUAUGCACACAUCUUCCAUGCACCAAGGAAGGCCAUGCUUGAGUCUAUACAAGAAAGAAGUGAUAGAUUUCCUGUAUGUUUGAGUCUAUACAAGAAAAACUGUAUCAAGCAAAGAGACGAAGUCAAAGCAGAUAAAUGUCAAGUGCUCAUAGACAACAGAUGUGCUGAACAAGGAGAAUCAAGUUAUGAUCAGUAUAUAGUAUACUGUUACCAUAUCAAUUUUCCAUGCUGAAUAAAGAUGAUGAUGAUGAUGUCUAGUGCUUAAUUCAGAUUCCAUUCUUCUGAGACCUUCAGAAUCAAGUUAUGUGCAACAAGCUGGAAAGAAAGAAGUGUUAGAAACAGGGGUUAUGAAUCAAGGGAAAAAUUAAACUGGAUGAUCACAUUCUACAAGAUUUUUGAUAGCAUUGGCAUCAGUUUCCUUCCCAAACCAAGGCAUGAUUUUUUAUUGAUAUCUACAUUUAGCUUAAGAUAGUGAUAUCUACGACAGUCAUAUGGCUGGAUGGGACAAACAAGAGCAGCACAUCCCAAGCUGUGCUAAUGGAAAACAUGAGCAGGACUUGAAGCUCAAGAAACCUUUGAACUCUAUUGGUAGCAUGAUGAAUUCAAUUUUUGUUUUGUCUUAAUAAUGUCCCAUUGGAUGCCCAAUCUAAACUGUAA